CAAGAUUGUAAUGUCUAUGAAAGAAAAAUAGCAAAAUUUUUAAGCUACAUCCUUGCAAAAACACGUUCCAGAAAAUCUUUUCUUUUGUUCGAAAGUAACUACAAAACCUUUGUUUCUUAAAGCUCAUAAUUUUCCAUGGUAAAAAAAAAAUAUAUAUAAAUAUAUAAAUACAUGCUUGUAAAGCAGUUGAGAGAAUGAACUUACUUUGCAUCUCUUUCUCUGUCUCUUUACUUUUUUCCUUUGUUUCAAGUGUAAACACACUCUCUUUGUUUACAUGACCCUGGAAACAUCAUUCCCUUACAGCUAGUUAAUACAUUUAGAACGCGACACGAAACCUAUUAUUUCUUUAUUUCCGUUAUCACAUCCAUAGACAUCUUCUUAAAUCUAUUUCUUUUAAAGAAGAUUAUUCUUAUUCUUAAUUUUAUCGUUUCUAUUGAAGCUUUGUCUGACCUUUGCUGCUUUUUACGACGCGAACGUGGUUGACGUACAAAUUUUUAUUUUUCUUCCAAGAGGAUUCUUUUCUUUAUUUGGAUAUUUGGAAAAGAAAAAGAAACAGACAUAACUUACAGUAUAUGUUUCGGAAUGCUGGAUCUAAAUGCCAUUAGAAGAUGAAGACAUAAACAAGCAAUGCACUACUUUGACAAGAUGGAAUCCUAUGUUUAUUAACGAUGUGUACUCUAUCGUCUUUUCUGAUUCUAUAUCUAAAGAGAUAGGUUUCUGGUUUGGACAUCCCAUUUGCUGGAUACAGGUUGUAGGAUACGUGGUUUCACUGGAUUUCUACGAAGAUAAAUACGUUUGUACAGUGGAUGAUUGCACUAGUCAGAAUAUACGCACAGUCUUUUCACUGAAGGAGAGACGUUCCUUGGCGCAAAAAGCAAAAAGAUUAAAUCCAGGGUCAAUUGUUCGCGUCGGUGGAAAAAUCCAACGAGUUCAUUCGUUUCACCUUCUAGCAUAUACGUUAGAUCUACUUGAGGAUCCGAAUGCUGAAUGGAAGGAGUGGCUUAAAAGGAUUCAUUAUAGACAAAAACUACAGAGAAAACAAUCGAUCCUAAAAGAAAAGCCCGUAAAUGAAAAAUUAGGUUUUCCUUGUAAAUCGUCCCAUUCCAGUAAUCACGCCAAGGUCCUCCUUCAUCACUUGCGACGUUUAUGCAAGGCGAAUCCAGAGGCAGGCUUCACAAUUGAAGAAGUGAUUGGGUUUUUUAAAAUCAACAACCUAAGUCUUCCUUCCGUCUCAGUUAUAAACGUGGAGAGUCAAAGGAUAGAUACGUUACCAGGAAUUAAUGAUGAAGCUAUACGCCUUUCGCUUUUGUCCCUUCUCCGACAUGGACGAGUUAUUUACAAAAAGCCAGACAGUGUAUAUCGCCUGUUCUUCGGCAAAGAUGUUAUCAAAUAUGUGAUGCCCAUGAUGUCCAGUGGACGUGUUGAGGCCCAUCGUGUUUUAGAUGUGCUUCGUCAAGCAGAUGUCAGUUUCCAAACGGUCCCCAUCUACGCCAUAGCCAAACAUAUUCGAAAAUUUCUUCGAUCUGCUAGAAGUAGCUGGGACGAGACAGAAAAAUAUGUUUGGGAACUAAACAACCGUAAACAUGGUUUUUUACCAAUAUAGUGUAAUUAAUAUAACUUAGUUUCCGUAAGAUAAAUAAAAAAUAAAAACUCAAUGGGAAAACUUUCUUAGUAACAUUAUAGACAAGCAACU